GACGUCGAUCACAAGACUGUUUUGUAUUAUGCAAGGUAUCGCUGUACAGGGCCUCAUGCAACACGCACAUUUUCAACUAUCGACGAUGAGUAUCUAGCAUCAUCACCAGAACUCUCGCUAGCAUUCCCUUACCUUCUAACCUAUCAAACGGGUGUAUCACGCGAGCUGUUUCACCUUGUUUAUGAUAGCGUGCUAACGACAAGAGGCAUAUCUGGGGCAAGCAGCAGCGUCACCCGUUCGGAGGCAAAAAAUGCGAACUAUUCGCCUCCUAUGCUAGUGUCAUUGGAGCAAUACAUGGAAGCGAAUGCAUGUCUUGAUGAUGAGGCUCUUCAAAAGAUAUGGCUGACCCAGACUGAAAUAUGCUCUCGUUUGCUUGAAGCCCACAUGACACAGUGCAAAAUCAAGCGAGUGAUUCGUCUAGAUCAUUCGCAAAAGUUUUGCAGCAAACUCAAAGUAUUUGGUGCUCAAGGUAAGAAAGAUCAAUCAAGCGAGGUACGUAUGCUACUACUUGCCCAAAAUGAAAUAGGUCAAAUUGUUGCUCGUGGCCUGACGUACUCAAAAAAUCACGCUGAAACUGCGGCAAUUCUAAAACCUGUCUUCAACGGUGCAUUGGUAGUCAAACAAGACCCUUUCCACGUCAUCCAAAGGUUCACAGAGAAGGUAAAGGAUCACGUCAUGCGGGGAUGGCUAGCGACUGAGCUGUCCUCUGCUAUUUACACGGCCGACCACAAAAUACGAGAGCCCGAAGAAAUGGCUACACUGUUUUCAACCGCUCUGGGCAAGAUUCCAGCUUCAAGCCUCAAUGUCAAAGAGCCUGAGUGGCAAGGAUGCAUAGCUAGCAACCUGAACCAGAUCCGAGUAGGAGAUUUAUUUGUUGGCGAGGCUGAAUACGUCGAGAAUGGCGGCAGGGUACGAGUACUUUCGACUAGUCAGCUCGAAGCAGUUCAUUCCAAACUCUGCAAGCUCUUAGAUCGUAUUGUAUCGUACGAAACUGGCCUUCGUAUACUCGACAUCUUCCUCUUGCAGGUAACUGCAUGCAGAUCAUAUUCUACUAUAUGCGUAUCUAAUGCUGUGGUGUCUAGCACAAUUUGA